AUUGUAGCUCGACUAUCUCCUUGGAAACGAAGCACCAAGCGCUGUUAUAAAUAAAGCAAUAGCUCAAUAACUCUCUGUUUAUAUCCGUUGAUGUAAGUUUGGUCGAGUAACUUUGGAAAGAAUAUACUCAAUUAUUGUUAAAAUUUAGAUUGGAUUCAAAUAGUUAAUUAACUGUUUUUUAUUACUUAAAAACAAUAGAGUAUUACUUUGGAACGACCAACAAAAUGAUGCUCUCAAGACCUCGUCGAACAAGAGAGAUAACCGGUUCUCAGCCUCAUUCAGUGGGUUUGAUUGCCAAACCAACCAGUUCCGUUGCUCCGGAUAAAAUUGUUAGAGAGGCCAGAAGGCAGCAAGAACGACUGGAAGAGGCAGCACUGAUAGCGAAGCAGAAUAGAUUAGCGGAUAUAAAAAGUGAUUGGGAAACAACAACCAAUAGAAAAAUAAUGCUAAAUAAUGUUAAGUCGAAAAUGGCAGGAAUGAAGGCAGCUCGAACUGCUGAAUUAGAAAAUAGAAGAGAAAGAUUAAGACAACUGUUGGGAAGAGAAGAAGAUAGUUACAUAAAUGAGAUGGUCAAUAAAGAGGAAACACAAUUGGAAAGACAAGCUAAAAUGAGGGAAAAAGCUAGACUCUUAAGAGAAAAACGUGAAAGUGAGAGAAGGGCUUUUGCUCAAGAAAAGUUAGAGCAACAGUUUCGUUUACAAUGUGAAGAAUUACGAAGCACACAAUCAAAGAGGAAUGAGGAUCUCUUAGCUGCUGAAAGAUUGGAACAGAUCAGGGAGAAGGAACAAAAGAAGCUGGAUGAAAAGAAACAUGAAGAAUUCUACCACAAAAUGUGGGAGGCUGAUAUUGCAGCUAAAACUAAACGAGAAGAAGAGGAUGAAAGAAAGCGAAUGGCCGGUAAUGAUGGUAUGCUUGAAGUUCUCCAACAGCAAAUUGCUGCUCAUGAAAUGCAAAAAGAAGAAGAAAAGAGAAUAAAGAAAGAGGAAGAGAAUCUUUUAGCCGAAUCAAGAAGAUUGAGAAAGAUUGAAGAAGAAAGAGCUCUAAGGGAUAAGCAAAUGCGAGGACGUGAAACUAGAGAGAUGCUAGACCGUAGUAUUAAAUUGAAAGAACAGCGCAAAGCAAGAGAACUACAAGAAGAACUCGCUUUCGAUAUGAAACAGCUCGAAGAACUUUUAGAGGCUUCCAAGAAUGAAAUAAAAGAGCAAACUCAGAGGAAGAAGGAGCUUCGUGAAGAGGACGCCCGAUACAGACAGUAUUUACGUGACCUAAAAAUACAACAACAGAAAGAAGAAGAGGAAAUGGAUCGUAUUUGCAAUUUACAAAUACAAGACGCCUAUCGUAAGCAAACUGAACAGCGUCGUCUCGAAAGAGAAGCAAGAAAGAAGCUUUUUAAUAGAAUAAUUGCCGAGAGACGUCAGCAAAUAGAAGAUCGUAUAAAAGAGAAGGAAAGGGAAAAAGAGAUGAAUCGUAUUCUCGCCGAACAACAAAAGAAGGUCUUUGAACAGAACAGACUAGAAGAUUUGGAGAAGCAGAAAUUAGCCAAAGAGAAGCUAAAAGCUCAUCAAUACGACAUUCUCGGACAAAUUGAAUACAAUAACAGGCAAAGGGAAAUAGCUUUUCUGGAAGAAGAUAGAUUAAAUCUAGCUCAAAAUGCAGCUGAAGCUGAGUACAGAGCUAAAAUUGCCGAAGCUCUUCAAGACGUUAGCGACCCGUAUCUACAUCCCAUGAGAAAGGCUUUAUCCGCUAAAAGACGAUAA